UGUUUUGAUUUUCUUAAUAUUUUAAGUUAUGGAUUCUUUAAAUUUAAAACCUCUUUCAAUGAUAAUAUCGAUUCUGCUAAAUUAAUAUCUCAUGGAAAUUUUGUAGUUAUUCAAUUAUAUCACGACAAAGAAAAAAAUCCCUUUAAAAAUAUUAAACUAUCCUCAAAAAAUAGUUUUAUGAAUUAUGGUGCCACAACACUUAUUUGUUGUAAUAUGAUUAUUAAAUUUCCAAAUGAACAAGAUGUUGAAAAAGCGUUAAAUUUUCUUAAUUGCUCAUUAAAUCCAACCAAAAAUAAAAAUGUAUUUACCAUGAGAACUGAUGAGACAUCUGAAGUUCAAUACUUUCAUUUUUAUAGCCUCCUCAGUCAACAACAAAAUAUGAUGCAAGAUUAUAUAAGAACUAACACAUAUUAUAGAGCCAUAUUUGGAAACACAUUAGAUUUUAAAGAUAAAGUUAUAUUGGAUGUUGGAGCUGGUUCAGGUAUUUUAUCCUUUUUUGCUGCUAAUUGUGGAGCCAAGACAGUUUAUGCAGUGGAAGCUAGUUCCAUGGCAGUUUAUGCUCAAAAACUCAUAGAAGCUAACGGUCUCUCAGGCGUGAUAAAAAUAGUGAGAGGCAAGGUCGAAGAAGUCGAAAUACCGGAAUACGUAGACACCAUCGUCUCGGAACCCCUGGGUUAUAUGCUCCUCAACGAGAGAAUGUUGGAGACUUACCUGCACGCCAAAAAAUGGCUUAGGCCUGGAGGUCGGAUGUACCCAACCAAAGGAGACCUACACAUAUCUCCAUUCACGGACGAAGCCCUUUUCAUGGAAACGUUCAAUAGGAGCUCGUUCUGGUCUCAGAAUUCGUUUUACGGAAUGGAUCUGACGAGUCUCCAGGCAGAAGCUCAAACCGAAGUUUUCCAACAGCCAAUCGUUGAUACAUUCGACGUUAGGAUAUGCAUGGCUAAAAGUGUAAAGUACGUUAUCGAUUUUAUCACCUUCCAAGAAGCCGAUUUGCAAGACAUAACCAUAGACCUUUAUUACGAGAUAGAAUUCUCGUCCCAUUUGCACGGGCUGGCAUUUUGGUUCGAUGUUGCCUUCAUUGGACAAACUCAAACCAUAUGGCUAUCGACCUCGCCCACCGAGCCCCUGACCCAUUGGUACCAGGUGAGGUGCUUGUUCAGCCGGCCUCUUCUUUGCCUUUUCGGUCACGUGGUUGUAGGAAAAUUGCACCUAAAGUCCAAUUCCAGGCAAAGCUAUGACGUCGAAAUGACCCUAACAAAUCAGACCACCGGAAAUACUGUCACCAACACCAAAAUCGACCUCAAAAAUCCUUACUUCCGGUACACCCCUGGGAGUUCGGUCGUUUCUUACAAUAAUAGCAGUAAUAGUAAUAACACAACGAGUAAUGGCCUUGAUUCCUCCAACCCUGUUUAUGAUCAACAGCAGGUUCAUGCUCAGAUCCCGACCAACUACCAAGACGCCAUUGUCAACAAUAGCGAUCCGAAUUUGGUCAACGGUGGUAACAAUUAUUACUACUACGACAACGCCUCUAACGAUGGUCAAUAUCUACAAAACCAACCAGAGAUGGCCGUCAUUGCCGCUACUCCCGGAAAGCCUGACCCAAAUAAUUACUACUCACAGAAUUUCAAUAACAACAAUUGCAACUACAAUAAUAGUAAUACUUGUGAACCAGGGCUUCAAAACACUCGUUAUGGGGCCUUUCACGCAAACGCCUUAAGCGGAGGUUUCAACAAUUACAGCCAGCAAAAUAGCGGCUCGAAUACCAACAUAAAUGACCUAGCCAUUAAAACUAUGCUGGGCCAUCAGCAACAGCAUCACCAGCAAACUAGAAAUCACCCCAAUUUUGGAAGCAACAAAAGGAUGAACACUAAAGGAACACAUUUGCGGAACCCACACGUUACUAAUAUGAGGUCAUCCUACACCAAUGCAGUUCAAAAUUUCUUCGUCGAACAAAAUCACGAAAUCAAUAAAAGAUGAAAAAAAUGACAUUUUUUUUCGCGCCAUUUUUAUCCCUCUCUUCCCUUUUCUCACUAUUUUUUUUUUUUUAGAAAUUUUAGAUUUAUUUUUUUUAUAUUUUAUUUUUUUUUUAAAUUUACAAAAAUAAAAAUGACCAUAUUUUUUUUUAUAUAUAAUGAUUAAUUAAAAGAAAAUUAAUGUUCGUAAUUAAAAUAAUAAUUUAUGAUUUUUUUUUAUAAAGGCGCGUCGUUUGAAUAAUUCUAGAAGGUACGGUAAAAGUUGCUAAAAGCGAACUCGAAUCGAGUUGCGGCUAAGUCCACCCGUAACUCCACUAGGAACAUUAUCCACGGCUACAAAUUUUAAAUACGAUUUUGAAAUCAUUUUUUUUUUGACUGAGGAGUGAGACUGGAAAUGGGGAAUAUUACUUUAUAUACCUACAAUGGAUAAUAAUAAAUUUGGGGUUAA